AUGAGACAGAAUGUUAGGGGAUGGGUUUUGACGCGAUCUGAAGUAUCUGGGAAGAAUGCUUCGGAUGAAGGGUUUGAUAAAGUUCUGCUAAUAAGGAAAGAAAUGCUGUUUUGGAAGCCUGGUAAAGAGGUCAGGCAGUUUCAUAGCUACAUUCUUCGUUUCUUUGAUGGAUUUCUGUAUGAUUUCCUAACCUUUUUGAUUGGAGAUCAUAAGCAAUGCAUGUUCCUUGUACGUGGUGGUUGA